UGUAGACGAUGUCCCAGUCCGCUAUAAAUAGUCUCUAUCCGUCCCACAUCUGUCAAACAAGAAGUUGUAGAGUUGACAACGUAGCUGUUGUAACCCAAGUCGCGCCUUGCUUUCUACAACUUACAACAAAAUGGAUUUUUUUCAUAUAGUGGAGUGGUCGACAAUCAUCUUCACCAUUCUCAUGAUGAUGUCAGGAAUACCACCAUGUGUAUCUAUGUACAAGACUCAGGAGACUAAGAAUAUACCAUUCUUCUUCUUCCUCAUCUGCCUUAUGAAUAGCAUGAUCGGACUCUACUAUGGCGUGCUCAUCGACAAUGGCAUGCUGAAGAUGCUCAACAUUUUAGGCACGGCAUUGUGGGGCAUCUACAUAUUUGUAUACAUCUUGGUGGCACAAGUCAAGAGUGAUGCUGUAUCCAAGGUAACAGGAAUGUUUGCCCUGUUCCUGUCCCACGUGGUAUAUCUUGUCUACAUUGUACAGCGACAUGACGAGAUGGUGGCCUGGCUGGGCAGCAUGCUGUUCGUGUGGACCAAUGUGCUGGUGAUUGUACCAGCGUGGGACAUAGUGGAAGUUGUGAGGAGAAAGAGCUCAGAAGGUGUGUCUGUCUCAGUGCUGAUGGGGGGCCUCAUGUGCUCCUUCGUCUGGCUCCUCUAUGGGUAUCUGCUGAAUGACUUCAACAUCUAUGCGCCCAACAUCCCCGGGGUAAUUAUCAACGUCACCCGCCUCGUCUUGUUGAUAGCAUACCGAGGUGGAGGCAAGGCCAAGGUGGAGUAACAGCCUCCCCAUCACCCUCCAUCUUCUGCAUAAUACAGAAGUGCAUAAUAUGUGGCUAUCCAUGCAACAAAGUUUAAACCAUUUCAUAAUGUAUGUAUGAAUACCCAUAUGGUAUGGUGCAUCAUUAAGUGUGGACAGAACGUGAAUGCGUGUCUGAGUAUGAAAUGCAUGGCGAUGUACGUUUGCACUGAUUACUGCUCACACCGACUUGCUACAGAUGUUCAUUUACCAGUGAGGUAUAUGAGACUCUUUAUGAAAGAAUGAGAUUUGUAGAUACAUUCAUCAAUACUCUAGUGAAUUUUAAAAUAACCCAGGAUGAUCCAUGAAUAUUGAAGUUGGUUUUAACUGUCUGUUUUUCCAUUUUUAACACUUUCAAGUUUCAUCAAUCUUUUCGAUGAAAUCUUUUUUUAUACACUGGUAAUCAAAUAUUGUUUUUUAUACACAUAUAUGUGUUCGAUAUUUUAAUUCCAUAUUUGUUUUAGAUGUCUUUGGUUAACCCAAGAAUUCGAAUAUAACAGCAAUCGGUGAUAAAAUAUCCAAGCAGACAUAUGUAUUAACAACUUUAUUGAUAUGAUAGUUGUGACUGGUUUUACCUCAUUAUGUCUCUCUUUAUUUAAGAAAUAGAGUUCGCUCUACCACCAUGUAUAGUGUAAUAAAACACACUUUCCCCCUGAACUAUUAUAGUUAAAGUACGAGGACGCUUGC